AUGGCGGACAUGCCCGACCUGUCGCAUCUGUCGGCCGAAGAACGCGCCAUCAUCGAGGCCGUUUUUCAGCGACAGCAUGCGGAGGAGCAGAAAGAACAGGCCGUGUCACAAAUCGCCGACGAAGAGCUGAACAAUAUCGAGAAACAGAUUAAUGACAGGAAGGAGACCGCGAGAAAGUUGGUUGGUACCCAGGAUGAUGCCAUCUGCCAAAUUUGCCAAAAGACCAAAUUCGCCGACGGGAUAGGCCACAAAUGUUUCUACUGUCAGUUGCGAAGUUGUGCACGAUGUGGCGGUAGGACGACGACGAAAAAUCGGCCAAUUUGGGCCUGUUCGUUGUGCAAGAAGAGGCAAGAAAUUUUGAUGAAAACCGGCAAAUGGUUCCAACCUGACGAACCUGGACGGCCUGGCAUGAGGACCAAAUGCAAAGGCAAUCAUCAACGGGAGGAAAUUACGGACCAAAUGGACCUGCUCGGGCUCCGAAUGGCCAUCCCAGGGAUCGGGUACGAAGUCAAACUUCAAUCGAACGAGAAAAUGAGCGAUACCGGGAUGAUGACAGGAGAAAAGAUGAUGAUAGGAGAAGACGAUUGCACGCACGAGAUCGAGACGGUCGGCGGAGGACGCCAUCGCCGACAAAUAGGGAUAGGGAGUUCGAAAACCGAAGGAAGGUUUCGCAGCGAGGAAGAUCUCCAAACGGACCUACAAAUGAUAUGGCAUUGGAUCAACAAUAUGGAUCAACAAAUGCGACCGGUGCAAGACCAGAAUUCCGACGAAAUCGAACUGCAGCCAGGACAGAAGACGACAUGCGGAAAGCAUCUACGUCGGCACGACCCCUGGAAGUUGAUGCGGUCCCCCGGGAAGGCUCCAUCCAUCGACACAAGAAGACCCGUCUACACAGACCUCCUGCGCUACAUCUACGGGCCGGAAAAGCUGAAAAAUGGACGGAAGAGCCUUUCGACAACUGGACUCAGAGCAACGGGCGAAGAGGAGAUGCCGUUGAGUAAGAAGAUUACGCCGAGUGUUAUACCGGGAGAUAUGCUGGCCGCGAAGAUACGAACAUAUUUAUCGCACCCCGUCACGUGGCAACCAUCUGCAGACCAGCGACGAUUGAUAGGCCACAUGAUACUCCAUCGAACAGACAGCGUCUCCAACGGUGAUCUGGGACUCAAGGUGGUUGGUGGCAGAAGAACAGAUACGGGUCGAUUAGGAGCCUUCAUCACCCAAGUGAGACUUGGAUCCGUUGCCGAUACGAUUGGUCGUCUUCGAAGAGGCGACGAAGUCCUGGAGUGGAAUGGAGUAAACCUGCAAAACAAGACCUUUGACCAAGUCUACGAAGUGAUUGCCGCGAGCAAGAACGAUACGCAAGUUGAGCUGAUUGUCAGCAGAUCGACGAGUGUACCCGGUGGUGACGAUUUCCUGAACGUCCAACAACAAGCAUAUUCCCCACACGUCGGAGCAGCCAUCUCAGGCCCCGUGAUAAUGCCACAUCCACCUCGCCAGUUGCCAAACCCGCAGUUUGUUGCCGCACAAGAAGAGAUGCGCUUCUAUUCGCCCUCCCAUUCGCCACUACUCUCCCAGAUGCCACAUUCGCAAUCCGCAACGUUGCCACAUCUUCCGAUGAUGCUGCAUGGAAGCCCAAGGCAUAAGCCGUCAUUGCCAGUGUAUUUUCCAACAGCCAUUCAACCCCCCAACAUCCACACGGAGAUGCAAUACGCCAAGGGACAAAUAUUUGGCACAAUUGAGUUCUCGCUGUUCUACUCGCUACACGAACGAAUCCUUACGGUUUCGUUAUUGAGAGCAUACGAUCUACCGCCGCGAGCGGAUGGGAUGCCGAGGAAUCCAUACGUAAAGCUGUUCCUCUUACCGGACCGAAGUGAGGCAUCAAAGCGGCAAUCUUCCGUGCUGGCUGAGACAACAAUGCCCAUCUGGAAUGAAGAGUUUUACUACAAAAACAUCACGGAACCAGCGCUUCUAGAACGUAUUCUGGAGGUCACCGUCUGGGACUACGAUAAGUACGAAGCCAACUCAUUCCUGGGGGAAGUACUCAUCGAUUUCUCAGCCGUGCCUUUGGAUGGGCAACCACUGAAGUUCACAAUGGAAGAUAUGGAUCAAGAGAACCCGCUGCGAUCUCGGCUACGCGUCAGGAGAGGAUCGACGCAUCAAUAUAACAGUCUUCCUCAAAGACCAAGGUCCGAGAUGACCACUUAUUAUGGGGAUCGCUACGGGCAUAGGUCUCAAUCGUCGGAUCCACAUAGUGGAGAAUACUCCUAUGACGGGGUGCCUGGGCCAAAAGAACAGUUCUUGGAUCCGUAUCAGAUGCGACGCUCUAGAACCUACGAUCGAGGCCGAGUAUCUGGCGGGAGGAUGACACCACUUGAGUAUCGAGAUGUACCAUAUCGCCCGGAAGACGACUGGACCGUUAACAACCAAUCCGGCUACCUUUCGGAUCAUGGCUACUCACAACCUGGCCACCAAAUGCCACGCCACCGUCAUCGACGCCCAAGAUCAGCCACUGCCAUGAGACCAAUGACUGCCGCUGAGAUGAGUGCAAGUCGACUCUAUAGCCGAAACUUACCCAGUGAUCCUUACUACAGCCAGCCACAACAAAAUGUAAUGCAGGGCCAGAAUUUUCCGAUGCAGCCCCAGCCGGCAGGAUCUGGGGCUCAAAUGAUGCAAAUGCAAAACCUAAACGAGCCUAUGCCCAGGCAUGAUCCACGAUCACCAAAUGGUCGUGUUAUUAUGGGAGAGGCGACUGGUUAUGGUAGCGAUGGGUCUGAAUCGCUAAGUCUCCAUUCGGCCCAUUCGAUGCCAACUGUUAGGACCAUCAACCGACGUCGACCUCAAGAAAAUCACGAAGAAGAGGAAUACAUCGAACAGGCGCAUCGAGAAGCCAAAAAAGCUGCGGCCAAUCAAGCUAACAACCAGAACCAAGAAGCCAAGGAGCGCAAGAAAAGCCUUAUGACGAGAUUCAUCCCGGGCAGAAAUGCCCCUGGACAAGGCAAACGGACGGGCUUUGCGCGUUCGGAAGAGGUUGGUAUCCCAGAAAACCUCAGCUCCGACCGGCUACAGACAACGCCUUUCCUGAAACAGGCCAGUAAGGAAAGCACCGACAGUAGCCAUUCCGACAAUUGGCUACCCAUAAUGCCUGACGGUCCACUUGGCACCUUUGUGGAUGAUUUAGGCCCUGGCCAAGUUGUAGGUCGACAGGUGCUGGCCUCGCCGGUACUGGGCGAGAUCCAAAUCGCGAUCAUGGCCACCCGGUCAAGCAUUGACGUGGAAGUGGUGCGCGCGAAGAAUCUGACGACCAAACCAGGAAGUAAGAUCAACCCAGCCCCGUACGUGAAAGUGUACCUGAUGGAGGGGAAGCAGUGUAUUGCAAAGGCCAAGACGAAUCCGUCACGUAAGGGGACGUCGUUGGUGUUUGAGCAGCACUUGGUCUUCAACGAUACGGCUAAAGGAAAGAUGUUACAGAUCACCGUACUUGGUGACUACGGCCGAAUGGAACGUAAAGGAUUUAUGGGCAUUGCCCAGAUCCGUUUGGAUGACUUGGAUCUUGGUCCUCAACCCGUCAUCGGAUGGUACAAACUAUUCCACAGCAGCAGCCUGGCUGGCACUGCCCCCGUUCGCAAAGACUCGGAAACGGAUAUGAACGCG